AGUUUUCCAGAUCAGCAUUUAGCAGUGGAAAAUGAGUUUACCACCCUUCACAGGUUUUACAAACGAUCUGAGCACAAGCUUAUUCAGUCCUUGUUCGUCGGCGGGGAACGGCACCAUUUACCCACCACUGUCUUGUGGCGAUGGCACCCGAUGUGUGACGAACCCGUUGUUUUCGGUAAUUACGGGCUCCCCCCAGGUUUGUCUUUGUCCUCUGACGUCAAUUCCGGGUCGGAACGGAAUGUGUAGAAAUAUUGUGGGAACCCGCUGCGAAGUGCGCCUCGACUGCAAUAACAGGUCAUAUGACUGCAUUGGUUUAAGAAGGAUGGGAGUGGAGAGACAAAUAGUUGAUUUCCUGAUGCCUAUCGUAACGCUUAUAUGUCAGCUGACAGUGGAAUACAACUUCGAAAUACCGCAAUGGAGAUGCAGAAACAACCGAUGCAGGCUCCGUGGUAGAGGAGUGUCGUCGAUAACACCUGUAUCCGUACCAGCUGGAGGAAUGCCUUUGAACUGUUCACGCAGUAACAACGCCUGGGUCGAGGUAUUAAACAUCGUAACCUGGAGAAGCCAAGGGAGUCCAUUUGAAUUUACCUGCUCCACGUAGGCUCCAGGAGUUUCAAUGUUAACAUACAUUUAAAAACUAAC